AUGGAAUGGCCCAAGUUUCUCAAAAUUGUCGCAAUGUGGGGUAACCACAAGAUCCGGCAGUACCGCCUGUCCACAGGUCACACUGUGGUGUUGGAUACCAACUACGGAAAGGUAUGUGGUCUCCAAAGAAAGACGGUGUACGAUAAAGAGCUCUACUUCGCCUUUGAGGGUAUUCCCUAUGCUAAACCCCCGGUGGGUGAGCUCCGAUUCAAGGCUCCACAGCCACCGGAACCUUGGCAGGGAGUCCUCAAGUGUACCUACUACAAACCCAAGCCUCUUCAAAGGAACAUGACUCUGGGUUUUGUGGAGGGCAGUGAGGAUUGUCUACACCUAAAUAUAUACGUAAAAACUUUGGUUUCGGAAAAGAAGCUUCCUGUGAUCGUGUGGAUAUAUGGCGGGGGAUUCCAGAAGGGAGAGGCCUCCCGUGACCUCUACAGUCCAGAUUACUUAAUGAAAAAGCCAGUCGUAUUCGUAACUUUCAACUACAGACUAGGAGCUUUAGGCUUCCUUAGUUUUAAGGAUCCAGAAUUGGGUAUUCCAGGAAAUGCAGGACUUAAGGAUCAAGUGCAAGCUCUCCGAUGGAUCAGUCAGAACAUUGCCCACUUCAAUGGAGAUCCUAACAAUAUCACUAUCGCGGGCGGAAGCGCUGGAGCAUCCUGCGUCGACUUGCUGAUGACCUCGGAACAGACGCGGGGUCUAUUCCACAAGGCAAUCCUGCAAUCGGGAUGUGCUUUAAGUGAAUGGGUGACUAACCCUGAGUCCAACUGGGGCCUCCGAUUGGCUCAGAACAUGGGCUACAGGGGCGGCGAGCAGGAUGUUGAUGUUUUCCGGUUUCUUAAUCAAUUUUCAUCCUUUGAAAUAGCUUCCUGUGAUCAGAACCUGGUUACUCAGGACGAGGUACGAAGUUUUCUUCUAUAUGCCUUCGGUCCAGUGGUGGAGCCUUAUGAGACAGACCAAAGUGUGAUACUCAGGAGACAUAUAGAUCAGCUACCAAAAGCAUGGGGUAACGAUAUUCCCGUUUUAAUGGGAGGCAACUCAUUUGAAGGGCUUUUUUGCUACCGGAUGACGAGGGAUGAUCCCUGGUUUCUCCGGAACUUCCAUAACAUCCUGCCGCGUGAAGUAACUGAAGCCUGCACCCAGGAAGAACGAGAUAUACUUGUGCGUCGCAUUAAAAAGCACUACUUUGGCAAUGAGGAGCAGAAAGAAAUUAGUUUGUUUGAGGGACUAAAUAUCUGCUCCCAUCGCCAGAUAUGGCAUGAUAUGCAUCGCCUGGUUAUGGCUCGAAGGACCUACGCCCCGAAAACGCCCACAUAUCUUUAUCGAUUCAACGUCGAUUCACCGCACUUUCAUCAAUUCCGCUGGCUAAUGUGCGGGGAAAAUAUUCGUGGAGUGUGUCAUGCCGACGAGCUCUCUUACCUCUUUUAUACGGCAUUGUCUACACACCUGGAUAAAUCUUCGGAUGAGUACAAGACCAUAGAGCGAAUGAUUGGAAUGUGGACAUCGUUUGCCGCGACUGGAAAUCCCAAUUGUCCCGAAUUAGGAAAUGCCAAGUGGGAGCCUCUCCAGCCUAUUGGAAGUGGUGUGGAGAAGUGUUUCAGUAUCAGCAAAGAUUUGGAUAUGAGGGAACUGCCGGAAGCCGAUACGAUGGCAUUGUGGGACUCUUUGUAUCCCAAAGAGGCUCUUUUUUAG